UCUCAUAUUAAGACCAUGGCACAGGGGAAGAAAUGGUCUUGCAGCUAGCUGACACAGUGAGCAGGUCGGAAGAUGCUGAACUUAAUCUAUAUUGUGCACAGAGGACAGCAAGCUCCUGCUGGCCUUAUAGUCAGCUGUGUUCAUGGCAGUUUGUGUUACUGAGGUGUGAGGUGAGGGAGUGUUUUUCACUCCUGGCUAUAAUUCACUGUAACAAUCAAAUUAGGAAGAAGCAGUGUUUUGAAGCACUCUGGACAACUCUGCGCUCCCCAGGACAGCAUUCACCAGUAACUGAGCUGGGAGAUGUUUUCCCCUCAUGGCAGUGUUUGAUGUGCAUUUCUUUGCUAGACUUGGUUAAUGGUCUCAUUAACCAUUAACCUGCUCAUUAAGCAUUAACCUGCUCAUCUCUCUGAAUCCUCAUUUAACAAUCCAUAAUGUUGGGCUGUGGCAGCAUUUUCCAGGUGAUUUCUCAGCAGAAUCAGGUGGGUCUUUGUUACUCCCUGGAACUUUGCACACCUCUGUUCAGGCCCCUCAGCUCCAUCUGAGAUAUCCUCCUUCCGAAGGCACUGGUGUCCACGAGGAAGGCGGCUGUGACCACAGCCAAUCCCUACCUGUCCCUGAUGAUUCUCGGGUGAGGGGUGGCUCUGCUGCUCACUGUCUCUGGCCUUCAAUCUCUUCGAACAGAGAAUCCUGGAGACUGUUUGGAGCCAUGAUGGGAGGAAAAUACAGCUUCUGGGAGAGACCUGCCAGCACCUGAGGUGACUUGUCUGCAUGAGUUGGAAAGGUGUUGUGGAGCAGCUUCUGCCUGCACAUUGUUUGCUACUUAUGCUGCUUCCACAUCAAUGAUGACUACGAAACUAUUAGUGUUGAAAGUGAAGACAGCAGCUGCAUGCUACGCAUCAGAUGGAUACUUCUAUUCUCAAGCAGAAAACAAGAGCAGCCAGCAGAACAAACUGUGGUGUCUGAUUUGACCUCUUUGCAAUACUUCAAGUAAGACUGUUUUUCUCAUGGUUCUGAGCAGCAAUGGGUAGACUCAGGUAUUGCUUCUUUGCUCUUCUAAUUUUGAGUGUUUUGCUUCCAAUUCUUUUUUAUGCUGUUAAUUUGCACACACAAAAAUCUCUUUGGAGGCUGAACUUCUCAGUGAAUUCAACAUUAGCAGAAGCCUGCAAAGCACUGAUUGAAGACAAGGUGCCCUUUAUGAAGGAAAAUGCUUUAGAAACUUCAUCCAGAGAAUCCAGUUGCACAGAGUACAUCACCCGGAAUCACUACAUCACCCGCACCCUCUCGGCUGAAGAGGCCGCCUUCCCCAUUGCCUACAUUAUGACCCUGCACAAGGAGUUCAAGACCUUUGAGCGGCUCUUCAGGGCAGUGUACAUGCCCCAGAACAUCUACUGCAUCCAUGUGGAUGCCAAGGCACCUGCCCACUUCCAUCGGGCAGUGCAGCGCCUGCUGGGCUGCUUCCCCAACACCUUCUUCGCCUCCCAGGCAGAGCAGGUGGUCUACGGCGGCAUCUCCCGCCUGCGGGCUGACCUCCACUGCAUGAGAGACCUGCUGGCCUCAAGCGUGCCCUGGCGCUACGUGCUGAACACCUGCGGCCAGGACUUCCCCUUGAAGACCAACCGGGAGAUCGUCCGGCUGCUGAAGGGCCUUGGGGGCAAAAAUGUCACCCCCGGGGUGCUGCCACCCCCCUACAUCACCUCCCGCACCAGAUACGUGCACAGAGAGCAAUUAUACUCUCUCUUUUCUUUCAUGCUUGUGACAUUUGUGCGCAAGCCACCCCCUCCCCACAACCUGACCAUCUACUUUGGCUCUGCGUAUGUGGCCGUCACCCGCCCCUUUGUGGAGUUCGUGCUGCAGGACCAGCGUGCCAUCGAUCUGCUGGCGUGGUCUGAGGAUACCUACAGCCCUGAUGAGCACUUCUGGGUGACACUCAACAGGAUCCCAGGUGUCCCAGGCUCCAUGCCCAACGCAUCAUGGGAAGGUGACUUGAAAGCAGUGAAGUGGAUUGAUAUGGAAGAGACACAUGGAGGUUGUCAUGGCCAUUAUGUCAGAGGCAUUUGUGUAUACGGAACAGGUGACCUCAAGUGGCUUUUUAACUCCACCUGUAUGUUUGCAAAUAAGUUUGAGCUUAAAACGUACCCCCUGACUGUGGAGUGCCUGGAGCUGAGACAUCGGCAGAGAACCUUGUCGCAGAGUGAGGUUCAGGUGGAACCCAGCUGGUAUUUUUAGCUAGCAACACCCCAAACUACAACAUCAGUAAGGGCAGUCAAGAGAAUAGCUGCAGCAGUCUUUAUUUUUGCUGUGCCAGAAGCGUAAACUCAAGAGACAGGUUUCUUUAGUAUAUUCUGCAGAUGUAGCUCAGGUCAGCCCAUCUCACACAGCCUGCAAAGCUCACCUUCCACUUAGUGCCCAGAAGCUGAAGUGCAGGAGAUACAAAAAGAGACACCAGGGCAAAGGUCCUUCUUGCAGCCAGAGGAGCUUUGACCUUUUGCCAUUUUUAAUGGGCUGUUUUCCAGCCCCAAUUUUUGUCUUGCUACACUGUCACUGCUAUCUUUUUCUAUAAAAAUAUAAACAGAGUCAUGCAUUCCUAGCAUUUUUCCCAUCUAAAAGACAAGUGUGUACAUUUGGUAUGCAAAAAUGUAAUGAGUCACAGUCAGCAAGGACUUAAAAGCAGGAGCACAACUGCUGGCUACACAUACA